ACAGGAAGGAUUGCUCUUUCCACUGUCUACGGUUAUCUUGCUACAAGACUUUCUGUUAAUGAAAUCUGUGUGUGUAAAAGAACAAAGGGGUGGAAGAUCAAACAAAGACAUUAACAAACACUAAUUCUAAUCAUGGACAAAGCAGAGGAGUUCAGGAGGGAUCUUUGAAGAUGUAGUACUGGGAAAGAGAAGAGCUUGGACACAUGUAUGUAAAUGCUGGUGUUCGAAGUGUUAAUGUAUGUGAGCCACACCAUGGGAGCUGUACUGAGCUGGUUUGCUAUUCGCGUUUGUGCUCUGAUGCUGCACAGCGGUGAUGCACUGAAGAAAUGGAGACCACAGGAAGCCCCUGACGACUCUCACAACCUCUCUGCAGGAAUGGACUCAGAGGAGAGGGGGUUUGGCACGGUCUCCCUGAAGUGGUGUGAGCAAAGCACAGGAGAUGGGGAAACAUUUGAGUAUUUUGACUCCUGCUCAUGGCACAGCGACAUCCUGUCAGAUUUUAGUGGGGAAGGAGAGGAUUCUGUGGACGCUUUGCUGCGACUGGAGGAUGCCUACAUUUUUCGACAAACAGUGGGAGUCGGCGUCUGCAGUGGGCACACUAAGGCUCGACGCAGAGAAUCAGUAUCAGCAAAGGACAGCCACCGAGAUGUCACAGAGACUUAUGUCAAACCAUCUACUUACAGCAUGAAAAAAGGACCAGAAAACUGUGUGGCACCAAAUCUUCCUUUGAAACUGAGCAAAAAAGACCUUUUUUCAGUUGAGAUCCAACCCCAUUUAAACACAGAGAAACUAAAAGAGCAGUGCAGCUUACAAACUGUUGUUACAGGCGGCACGGAGCCAUGUAGUCUGCAUAUUCAAAAGCAACACAAAACAGAGACAUUUGAUGCAAAGCUAGAUGCUGGAGUCCCCCUGGAGCCCAUCAAGGCCCACUGCUUCUCCCACAGCACCCCCAUCGGUCUUGACUGCUUGGGCAGGAGGAGACAAAUCUCUUAUUCCUCUGCAGUCGCUCCUGAUGGCACAUUUGAAAAGUCAGCGUUUGGGGAUGACCUGAGCAGUGAAGAGGACCUCCUCUAUGAUGAAUUUCGAGGAUCUGGACAUCGUUAUGGACACCCAGGAGGAGGCGGAGGAGAGCAACUUGCCAUCAAUGAGCUCAUCAGUGAUGGCAGUGUGGUGUAUGCAGAGGGGCUCUGGGACCAUGUUACCAUGGAUGACCAGGAGUUGGGUUUCAAGGCUGGUGAUGUCAUUGAAGUAGUGGAUGCAACUAACAAGGAGUGGUGGUGGGGUCGCAUCAUGGACAGUGAGGGCUGGUUCCCUGCCAGCUUUGUACGGUUGCGUGUGAACCAGGAUGAACCCAUGGACGAGUAUCUGGCCCACCUAGAGGAGGCUCAGGCUGGAGAAGAGGACCGGGCAAGUCUGGGCCUGUUGCUGGGACCUGGUUUACCCUGCAAAGAGCAGAUGAGAACAAAUGUCAUCAAUGAGAUUAUGAGCACAGAGAGAGACUACAUCAAGCACCUCAAAGACAUCUGUGAGGGUUACAUCAAACAGUGCCGCAAAAGGACAGACAUGUUCACUGAAGAGCAGCUUCGUACCAUCUUUGGGAAUAUCGAAGAGAUCUACCGAUUCCAAAGGAAGUUCCUCAAAGGUCUCGAGCAGAAGUUCAACAAGGAGCAGCCACAUCUGAGUGAGAUUGGUUGCUGCUUCCUUGAACAUCAAACAGAUUUCCAGAUCUAUUCAGAGUAUUGCAACAACCACCCCAAUGCCUGCAUCCAACUCUCCAAGUUGAUGAAGGUCAACAAGUAUGUAUUCUUCUUUGAGGCUUGCCGACUGCUUCAGAAGAUGAUUGACAUAUCUUUGGAUGGUUUUUUGCUGACUCCAGUUCAGAAGAUCUGCAAGUACCCGCUGCAGCUGGCAGAACUGCUCAAAUAUACCAACCCUCAGCACAGGGACUACAAAGAUGUGGAGGCAGCUUUGAAUGCCAUGAAGAAUGUUGCCAGGCUUAUAAAUGAGAGAAAACGGCGUCUUGAGAACAUCGACAAGAUCGCUCAGUGGCAGAGCUCCAUUGAGGAUUUUGAGGGUGAAGAUGUCCUCAGCAGAAGCUCUGAGCUCAUCUUUUCGGGAGAGCUGACCAAACUAUCCCUGCCUCAGGCUAAGAGUCAACAGAGAAUGUUUUUCCUUUUUGACCAUCAGAUGGUGUACUGUAAAAAGGACCUCCUGCGCCGAGACAUGCUUUACUACAAGGGCCGGAUUGACAUGGACCACAUGGAAGUAAUAGAUCUGGAGGAUGGUAAGGAGAAAGACUUCAACAUCAGUGUAAAAAAUGCUCUGAAACUGCGCUCGCUAGCUGGUGAUGAAGUCCACCUCCUAUGUGCUAAGAAGCCUGAGCAGAAAGAGCGCUGGCUCCGAGCCUUUACUGAUGAGAGGAGGCAGGUCCAGCAAGACCGCGAGACAGGGUUCACUCUCACAGAGGUCCAGAAGAAACAGGCCAUGUUGAAUGCUGGCAAAAGCCAUCCAGCUGGGAAACCCAAAGCGGUGUCCAGACCUUAUUAUGACUUCCUCCUGAGGCAGAAACACCCCUCUCUCCCCUCUGCUUUGCCCCAGCAGCAGGUCUUUAUGCUGGCUGAGCCCAAGCGCAAGACCUCCACCUUCUGGCACAACAUUGGCAGACUGACGCCCUUCAAGAAGUAAAAAAACUGUAAGGAAAAAAAAGCCUUGGAGAAACGGAACAGAGAAGGAGAAAGAGUCUCUGUUCGUGCCUGAAUAGACCGUUUUUAACCCUUCCUCUCUUUAAUUCCUACACAUAAUAUCCUCUAAUUAUUGAUUUAUUGUAUAGAUAUGAAUUGAAUAUGUUAUCUUUUGAAAGCACUUUAUAUGUUGGUUAACAAUCAGACAUGGGAAUGGUCCUCUAGAGACAAUGAGUCAGAUAGGUAGAGUAAACUCUUGGUUCACUUAAUAAUAGACCUUGAAUCAAGCACUGAUUGGAACUAAAACUACUACUGUACUGCUACUGUACUGCUACUGUACUAGUACUGUACUAGUACUGUACUAGUACUGUACUGCUGCAGGUGAGUGUGGGACUCCUGACUGUGCUGUCUCUGUGAGGACGUUGCCUGUCAACAAAACCUUGUUUAUUUUCACUCUUCUGUUGCUUCAUGAUUUGACAGAUGCCAAGUGUUUGUAGUGCCAGAUGAUCUGUUUUUAUAUUUGUUCCAUGUCUGCUUAUGAAGAGACAACAUUUCUUGUGCGUUUCCAUGUACAGAAAUAUAAUUUCAGCUAUGUUUUGUUUCGUGAUUAUGAUCCACCGGGAUUUGGUUUUGUACUUCUCUGGUGUAAUGUGCAAAUUCCUGAUGAAUAUCAAACGCAGCCCAAAGAAGAAUCGGCUCAGCACAUGUUCUCGGCUGUUCUGGCUCCACGGUCUGAACCUCGACGACUCCUGAUACCUGCUGUGUCAAUGAAAGUACGCAACUCGCUCGAUUUUCUUUUUCUUUCUGUUCUUUGUUGAAGUGCCAUUUGAAGUGUGUCAUGGAUGCUUUACAAUGACAUGCAUGGAUGUGCUUAAAAGAAAUACUGUGAGGAAUAUUUUUUUAUCUCUGAAGAGCCCUGCUAUAUUUAACCUGAUAGCUGGUUAAAGCUGGUUUCAUUGUGCAGCCAUGCUGACAGCAUCUCUCUGUCUCACACACACACUCUUUUAUCUACCUGUAUUUCUGAUAUUCACUAUUCCUGCUCUGUGUAUCUGAUUUCCAGUAUAAUCUCAUGUCAGAUCAGUGCAGCCCGGCGAUAUUGCUCUGUAAGUGCAUUUAGUGAAAUGUACUCCUUACUCCUUUCUGUUCAAAAAUUAAACGUUCCUAAAAUGACACAUGUCGCUUCAA